UACUACAAAAUAAUGUGCAAUUAAACAGCAGGCGAGCCAGCAGUACAAACUUGCUUAAUGACCACGCCUAUACUUGCAUUAAGGGCGGUGAAGAAUGUAGCUUUAGGCUCAUUUAGUUGUUUGUAUUUUGCAGAAGUGCUGAAAGAGACGUGGACUUCAUUUUACUUUUACAGGUAAGUGUAGUGAACACAGUACUAAGAGAACAUGACAGGGAUGGCAUCCAAAUUAGCCAAAGAGAGAGCGGCGGCCGCUGGCUUUGGAAGCAAUUCGAACGCAGUAAAAUACCUGAAUCAAGACUUUGAAGCGCUCCGAAACCAGUGCCUUCAAGCUGGAAAACUGUUUGUAGACAACACUUUUCCUGCAGUACCCGAGUCCUUGGGAUUCAAAGAACUUGGACCUAAUUCCUCCAAAACCCGUGGAAUCCAAUGGAAAAGACCCGGAGAGGUGUGUUCCAGUCCCAAGUUCAUUGAUGCUGGUGCCACAAGAACGGACAUCUGCCAAGGAGCCCUGGGGGACUGCUGGCUCCUGGCUGCCAUCGCCUCUUUGACCCUCAAUGAGGAUGUUUUGUCCCGAGUCGUUCCCAGCGGACAAAGCUUUAAAGAGAACUAUGUUGGAAUCUUUCACUUCCAGUUCUGGCAGUUUGGCGAGUGGGUUGAUGUUGUUGUUGACGACAGGCUGCCCACAAAGAAUGGGGAACUGAUAUUUGUGCACACAGAAGACAAGACUGAGUUCUGGAGCGCGCUGCUGGAGAAGGCCUAUGCUAAGUUGAAUGGCUGCUAUGAGGCCCUGUCCGGGGGCUCCACCACCGAAGGCUUUGAAGACUUCACCGGUGGAAUUGCAGAAAUGUACGACCUGCAGAAAGCCCCAAAGAACCUUUUUCAGAUUAUCAGGAAAGCCCUGGAUUCAGGAUCUCUUCUGGGAUGCUCCAUUGAUAUCACCAGUGCAUCAGACAGUGAGGCGGUCACUUCCCAGAAGCUGGUGAAGGGACAUGCAUACUCACUCACAGGUGCUGAAGUGGUGAAUUAUCGAGGUCGUGCAGAACAGCUGAUCCGAGUCAGGAAUCCAUGGGGUCAGGUGGAGUGGACCGGUGCUUGGAGUGACAACUCCUCCGAGUGGAACUACGUGGAGGCUUCUCAGCGGAUCAACGUAAAAUCAGAGGACGGAGAGUUUUGGAUGUCGUUUUCAGACUUCAUGAGGCAUUACUCCAGGCUGGAGAUCUGCAACUUGACCCCUGACACACUGACCAGCGACAACUACAAAAACUGGAGUGUGUGCAACUACCAUGGAACCUGGAGAUCUGGCUCCACAGCCGGGGGCUGCAGGAACAACCCGUAUACCUUCUGGACGAACCCCCAGUUUGUGCUCAAGCUGGAGGAGGUGGACGAUGACCCCGAUGAUGGGGAGGAUGGCUGCACCUUCCUGGUGGGUCUGAUACAGAAGAACCGCAGGAGGCAGAGGAAGAUGGGAGAGGACAUGCACACCAUCGGCUUCGCCAUCUACGAGAUUCCACAGCAGUUCCAUGGUCAAAGGGAUGUUCACUUGGAUAAGAACUUCUUCCUGACUCACGCCCAGACUGCCAGGUCCGAGACCUUCGUCAACCUGCGGGAGGUGUGCAGCCGCUUCAAGCUGCCUCCCGGGGAGUACCUCGUGGUGCCCUCCACCUUCGAGCCACACAAAAACGGAGACUUCUGCCUGCGCGUCUUCGCAGAGAAACAGGCCGACACGCAGUUGUGUGAAGAUCCCGUUGAUGCCGUCCUUGAGCAGGGUUUGGUUUCUGAGGACCAAAUAGAUGCAAGUUUCAAGAACUUGUUUGUCAGACUUGCAGGGGAGGACAAUGAGAUUUCUGCCUCAGAACUGAAAACUAUUUUAAAUAAUGUGGUGUCAAAACGCUCUGACAUUAAAACAGAUGGUUUCAGUCUGGAAACUUGCAGAAUCAUGGUCAACCUCAUGGACGACAAUGGAAACGGCAAACUUGGAAUGGCGGAAUUUGCAACUCUAUGGAAAAAAGUUCAGAAAUAUCUGAAAAUAUACAAGGAUAACGAUCUAGACCAGUCUGGCACCAUGGGCACCCAUGAAAUGCGAGCAGCACUGAAAUCAGCAGGUUUCAGUCUGAACAACAACAUUCACCAGGUUAUCGUUGCCCGUUACGCUGAUCCCGACAUGACCAUCGACUUUGAUAACUUUGUUGCCUGCCUGAUGCGUCUGGAAAGCAUGUUCAGAAUCUUUAAAAAGGUGGACAGUGCAAACACUGGGUUCAUGGAGCUCAACUAUUUCCAGUGGCUGUCUUUCGUCAUGAUAUAACCAUUCAGAGGAUUUAACAGGAGUUACAAAGCAAGAGGAACGCAGAAGACAAUAUUAAAAUUUAUAGAAAAGUUUAGAUUUUCCACAGUAUGUAGCCAUUAUUUUCGAUGUUUCAUUAUACAGUAUGUUGGGAAGAAAGAGAGAUUGCCGAUUGCAUUGGUUGUGGUUUGCUGUGCCUUUUUAUAUCAUGAUGGGUCAUGGUAAUAAAUAUUAUUAUCACUUCUAAAUUA